AUGGAACACUUUCAUGGCAUCAGUGAUAUGAGCCCACUUGUGAACGAGACUUUGCCGACGGUGGUUGACGAUAUAUACCAACUUAGCCCGGCUUUGAUCGCUUUGCGGACAGCCUACAUAGCCCUGACCAGCCUGGUAAUUAUCCUAGCGAACGUCCUGACACUGGCCGUGAUGUGGCGCGCAAGGGGAGACUUCCCGCCCGGCUCCACCAAGCUCGUCAUGUCCUCCCUCGCCCUGUCGGACCUAACAGUUGGGGCGAUGACCACGCUUUGCGUUCCCCUCUCCGUCAUGGACAGCUGGCCCUUCGGGGACCUCGCCUGCACGCUGGUGUGCUCAGCUGCGACCUUGGCGAGUAGCAUCUCGAUCGUAAAUCUCAUGAGUCUCACACUUGAUCGCCUGGUUGCCGUUACGAAACCGUUCUCAUAUCCCACGCUAAUGUCCAGAAACCGAGUCUUAUGUUUGACGUUAUUCCAGUGGAUAGGCUUGACCGCUGCUGUAGCGAUUGUAAUGGCCACCGUGCGACCUACGGUGCGAUAUAACCGGGCCGCCGUCAUGUGCCUCAUGGAGACCGGCGAAGAAGCCCUCCCACUGGAUGUAAAUUUUCUCUGUCUGACUUUAAUCUUUCCCAUAGCCACAAUGAUGGGAAUCUAUGCCAAGCUCAUCCACACCAGCAACCAACAGGCCAGCAAGAUUAACACCAUCAACACAACCUCCCGUAAGGAAGGAAAUUCGGCUAAAGCCGGCAGCGGCAAGGCCGUGCGGCUCUUCUGCGUCGUGGUGGUGGUGUACACGGUCUGCUUCCUCCCGUUCUCGGCGGCCAGGAUAUACGCCGAUCUCCACCCUCGGACCCCGCUGCCACCGGCGCUGGAGUUCGUCUGCGCGUGGCUUAUCGUCAGCAACAGUUUCUGGAACUUCAUUAUAUACAUACUCAUGAAUGGAACUUUCAGAAAGCUCGCCAAGCAAAUACUGCAGCAAUUGUUCAAGAGAUAA